AUGCGCGGAAAUGCGAAGCGCGAGAAAGCGCAGGUAUUAAGUAGCGUGCCUAAGCGCGGUCAUGCGGAGCCGAAGCGCUACCGAGGAGCUUGGUGGACAGUGGAUGGAUGCUUCUGGAUGGCUGGCGCUAUAGGGCGCGCAAGCGCGGGAACGCGCGCGCGCGUAUACAUCGCAAAGCGCGGGAAUGAUGCGCGCAUGGCGCGCAUUGCGCGGGAAAGCUGCGCCUCAUAUAGGAAUCGCUGUGGACAGUACACAGAGUGGUGCUGCGAGUUGGUGCUGUAUACUCCCUGGUGGAAACUGCCAUAUCACGCCAUGAGAGGCAUGAUUCUCUACACCGGUUGUUCUUUAAAGACUAGCAGCAUGCACAUAGCACGGGUGGAGUGCUGCCAGAGACGGUUCAAAUGA